CCCCCGUCGGCGGCGCGCCGUGUUUACCGAGGUGCAUGCUGGGGCAGUAUCCGCGGCAACCGGGGUACAUGGGCGGCUCUGAGGCCGGGCUGGAGGGCGCAGCUCCCGGCGGCAGCAUGCGCUGGGCUCCCGCCACCUCCCUGCCCCUGCUGAGCUCCGAGUACUACGAGAGGGUGGGCCGCCUCCAGCAAGGGCUGCGAGACAGGCAUUCCCCAGCUGAAGAAUAGGUUGUAUUCCCCAAGCAAAGGCUGUGUGUUUGGUGUUGGACUCCAUUUAUCCAUCGAAAAAAUUUUAGUGAAAAGAAGAGACUAGACCUGGAAAAGAAACUUUAUGAGUAUAAUCAGUCUGACAUAUACAGAGCUAAGCUGAAAUAUGUAAAACUAAAGAAAUACCUGAAGGAUAUAUGUGAAUCUGAAAAGAAGGCUCAUAUUCGAAACCAAGAAUAUUUAAAACAAUUCGAGCAUGUCGAAGCUAAUGUUGGACACUUUACCACAAGUAUAGAGAAGCUUCAGGAACUGAAGAUUGAAUAUGAGACUCAAAUUAAGAAGAUGCAUCUACUCUCAAAAGAUAGCCUGGGAAUAAAAGGUGAACUGAAAGAUGAAGGCAGAGAAAAGGUUGCAGUGCCAGCUGGAAUUAACUCCAAGAUGUCCAUGUCAAAAGGGUUGUAUCAACCAGCAACAAUCUUUAUGGGCCACCAAAUGUCAGCCUUCUCAAGCAUUGGAGAUUCCAGGACAGAGCAGGAAUCUUCCCAACCCACAAAGAACUUUUCAAUUCCUGACCCACAUUCACACCGACAGACAGCCCCAAGCAGCAGAGUGGCAGACAGCGGUGUAGUACAAACUCCUAGUGACAUGCAGUGCUUAAAUAAGUCUGACAAAGUAGAUGGCAAGACAUCUCUUCAGACUGGCGAGAAGACGCCAGUCACAGCCCUGGCACUGUCUGAGGAGGUACAGAUUCUUGGCUUGGAGAUAGGAAGCAGCCCUCAGAACAGCGAGAGUAAUUUAUCUGAAGGUGGAAAGUCUGCAGAACUCCAUUCCUUGCCACAGCAAAGAUUAAGUCCUGAGAACAGAACCAGUGAUUUACAGCGUGACAGUUGCAGCAGAUCAGAGGGAUUACAGGGAGAAAUACUGACACGAGAACAUAUUGAAGUUGAGAAAGACAGUGCCAGCCCGCCUAUCUCUACCGUAUCAGUUUCCGAACACUAUGCAUCUGAAAAUAAGUGGUCUCCAGAGAAGCAUUCUGCUGGGGCCGCUUUCUCAGAGUUACACAGGUCCUUGGAGCACAUGCAGGAAGAGCAGGAGGAGGGAAGUGUGUGCAGCAGCAGUGACCUCACGGUCUCUGUCAGUGAAGAUGACCUGAUUUUAUACAGCCCAGAACCACAGCCAAAUCCAGGCACCCAGACUGAGGAAGAAGGUGGGAUACAAGCCUUAGCACUAAUCCACACUGAACAGGAAAGAGAUGUCCUCGCCACUGGAGAAAACGAUUGUGUUUUGCAAACCCUGAGCUCUCCUGAUUCAAAAAAGACAUCCUCCACUAACUCCCUGAGACAAUCUGAACAGGCACCAGACCCAGGCUUCCUGAGCAUACCAUCUGGUCAGCCUGCUGCCAGCCUGAAAGAAUUCGGCCAGUCUCUCCACCAAGAGGCAGCAGCAGGAUUGAAAAAAGCUCUCAGAGAGGAGUGUGAGGCCAGCUUGGCUGUUCACAGUGAUGAAUCAUGCAGCUCGCUAUCUCUUCUCCACGAUAAUGCUGGGAUAAAGAGAGAAAAACCCAAAUUCUGGCUCAGCAGUCUUCACACAAGGGACCAAGAAGUUUCAAGUGGCUGUGACGAUGAAAGCAAACAAGAAAGCAUGAGUGCAAAGGUGCCAGUCACAGAAACAAAAGCCUACCAGUUGCUGAAGAAGUCCACCCUUCAGGAACAUACAAUUCAGAUGGGAGACAGACUCCGAGGGGCGCAUGCCUCUGCAGCACAGUUUUCAGGUCUGAAUAUGGGCAGCAGUGCGCUCCAGACAAAAGCAACUCACAAAGUUGCUUCGGAAGCUAGUUUCUCAUCCUGCAAAGGAAGUCCUUUGUCAAGGCAUGAAGACAAAAAAAAAUUAAUGAUACAUUUAAAGUCAAAUGCCUUCUGGGGGGAGUCUGAUGACAGUAACUCAGAAAUUGAAGCUGCCUUACGUCCUAGAAACCAUGAUGCAUCCUCUGAUGAUUUUGAUGACUUUUACACCUAACAAGCUGUAACAUUUGCUGGAAUUAGAGUCUUUAAACAAACUGAAACUCUCUGUAUGUGAAAUGGUGCAGAAACUUUGAGAAACAGUCCUCAAAGGGUUAAACAUAGAGUUACCCCCUGACCUAACAAUUCCAAAAAAUAUUAUUCACUAACUAAAAAGUGGAAACAAAUAUCCAUCACGUGGUAAAUAGAUAAGCAAAAUGUAGUAUAGCCAUACAAAAGAGUAUCAUUCCUCAAUAAAAAAGAAUGGAAUACCAAUACAUGCUAUAAUAUGGAUGAACCUGGAAACUAUUAAUUGAAAGAAUUCAGUCACAAAAGACUAUAUAACUUAUUCAUUUGCAUGACAAGGCCAGGAUAGGGAAAACUAUGCAGACAGAAAAUGGAUCAGUAGCUGUCUAGACCUGGGGUUAGGAGAGAGGACUGACUACUAAUGAAUAUGGCCAAUUUCGUUCUAAAAUGGAUAGUGGUAGCAAUUGUACAACUCUGUGGAUAUACUAAAAACAAUGAUUGUGUGCUUUAAAAGAUGAGUUGUAUGUUACAACAUGAAUUACAUAUCAGUACUUUUCAAUAAAAGGAAAUUGGUGAAUACAUUUUGGGGUCUAGUGACUUAAGAAUACCUGUUGGUAACUUUGGUCUUUGUUUUGCAUUGUUUAUGUUGUUCUGGCUUACUUGUUUGCUCUAAUAAGAAAAUGUUUUAUUUUUUGGUUUUUAAACUCUUAACUUUGUGUAUUCCAGCAUUGUUCUUUCAAUUAGUUCUUCUUCCCUACCAUAUUAAAAAAACAAAAACAAAAACAAAAAAAACAGGACUUAACUGUAAUGGUUAUUGCCAUUAUUUGAAUAUAUCUUAUACACAUGGGUCCAAGUCAGUGGGUGAUCCAUGUGGAAAAAUACUAAAUUUCUACCUUAACACAAGAGAAAUCCUAGCCAGGUCCAGGGAUUUAGCUCAGUGGCACCACUCCUGCCUUGCAAGUGCAAGGUCCUGAGUUCGAUCACGGGUACCCCCAAAAAA